GGUAUAACAAAAGCUCAUAAUAAGAUGUGAGGUUAAAAAUUCUCGUAUAUAUCUAUCUAGUACGAAAAGUUCUCCUUUUGCAAAUUCCUUCAAAAUGCUCACUAGAUUUGAUGAGAGAAUAUAGUAGGAAACUUUCAAAACAGCUUUUCAUAUUAAAAACAUAUAUUAUUCAGCUUUUUGGAAGAAUAUUAAUGUUGGAGUGACAUGAUAAUAAUAAUUUACAUUCCUGCUUUGCUUUGCUUUACACCAAACCAAACAGACUUUUCACAAUCGUUCGGCGCCGCCACGUGGCGACAAUACCUUUCGUUGAUCUUAGCUUGCCCACGUCACCUUUUUCCGCUCUUUAUUUAAUUUAAUUUAUUAUUAAUUAGUCAUUAAUAUCUUCCCCUCACACUUUCUCCGUUUCCCACCUCUGCUCCAAAAUAUUUUCCGAGAAAAUUCACAGAGAGAGAGAGAGAGAGAAACGGCAAAUAUAUACUUUCACCAAAUCAAAAAGUAUUCUCGUGUAUACAUACGCGUAUAGCCGAUUGCGUUUUCUCGUGAUACACCUUUACGAAAGAUUGUGUUAGUUAGGUCAACUAUUAGGUAUGGGCUCGUCCUUGUCGAAUCUCAACGACGGCGCGACGAAUGAUUCCUCCACGGGGCCUAGCCUCGGCGAUAUUCCGGAAAGCUGCAUCGCCGCCGUGUUCAUGUACCUGACUCCCCCGGAGAUUUGCAACCUCGCCGGUCUUAACCGUUCGUUUCGCGGCGCGGCUUCGUCGGAUUUCGUCUGGGAGAAGAAGCUCCCGCCGAAUUACCAGGAUCUGCUCGAUUUGCUGCCGCCGGAGAGGGUUCUAGGUCUCUCCAAGAAGGAUAUCUUCGCUGUGCUCUCUCGUCCUAUCCCCUUCGACGAUGAUAACAAGGAGCUGUGGAUUGAUAGAGUUACGGGACGGGUUUGUAUGGCGGUUUCUGCGAGGGGGAUGGCUAUAACUGGGAUUGAAGAUCGGAGAUAUUGGAAUUGGAUUCCGACCAAUGAGUCCAGGUUCCAUGUUGUAGCCUACUUACAGCAGAUUUGGUGGUUUGAAGUUGAUGGGACGGUGACAUUCCAUCUCCCACCUGGUAUCUACUCUCUGUCAUUCAGAAUCCAUCUAGGCGGAUUUGGAAAAAAGUCUGGGAGACGUGUGUGCAACUACGAACACACGCACGGCUGGGAUUUGAAGCCUGUAAGGUUUUCGCUUUCGACUUCUGAUGGUCAAGAGGCAUCAUGUGAGUAUUACUUGGAUGAUGUGAAGAGAGAGGAAGCUCACGGGCACCACAAGCGCGGUUUCUGGAUCGAUUAUAAGGUUGGGGAGUUCGUAGUGACUGGAUCAGAACCAUCUACUGAGAUCAAAUGGUCCAUGAAACAGAUUGACUGCACUCACUCUAAAGGCGGGCUAUGUGUUGAUUCAGUCUUCAUUAACCCAAUUGGUGAUUUGAAAGAUUACAGAACGAAAUCUUUUUGUGAAAUAAGUUGAAGAAAGAAGAUUCUUUUGAAGAUGGUAUAGGAUAUGAUCGAAUCAUUUCAAGCUGUAUUCCCUAAAUAUCCUAAAGAAGUAUCCAAAAAAUGUUCAAUGUAGGUCCAAAAAUACUAUAAAAAGAAUAGACAAAACAGAACAAGGACAGAGAAGCCAGAGUGUAAUUCGGCUGAAUUGGGAAUGGCCAAAAACGCAUCGACCAUCAUCUCUCCUAGCCGGACCUGAGAAGACGUGGUCAGAUGCAAGCCGUCCGGUUCAAGAGGUAGGCCCUUUGCGUCAACACAAUGCACGUUCUCAAGACCCGUCUCCAGUUGUGCUUUCCUUACCGCGUCAAGAUAUGGUCCUGCGCCUGUAGCAAGAGCCACCUUUUGUUGUUUAUCGUCCAUACCAGCAAAGAUACACAAAAAAGAUAUUAGAAGAAUGUAGAGUAGUAUCAAUCAUAUGUAUAUUCUAGUUUUAUUUGGAAAAUACCAAAAAGUCAAAUUGAACCAUUGCAGCUGGACUGGUACAAUACAAUUGCUACAGCCUGGAUUA